UCUUACUCGCCAUUUUGCAAGAAUGUCAGCCAAAUCAUCAGCUCGCGUUUUUAGUUAAUUUUUUAUGUUAUUUUCUGCGCGGUUUCAGUGAUUUUGGUUUCUAAAUAUUAAUUUUUGAGUUCAACAGCAAUCAUGGAUCGUUUUAUAAGCAUGUGGAAGGUGCGGGAGUUGGCCGAUAAAGUCACGAACGUGGUAAUGAACUACACGGAGGUGGAGGGCAAGGUCCGCGAGGCGACCUCUGACGAGGCGUGGGGCCCCACCGGCCAGCAGAUGCAGGAGCUGGCGCUGGCCACCUUCACGUACGAGCACUUCCCGGAGGUCAUGUCCAUGCUGUGGAGGCGGAUGCUGCACGAUAAUAGGGCUCACUGGAGGAGGACCUACAAGUGCCUCCUCCUCCUCAGCUACCUGGUCCGCAACGGGUCAGAACGGGUGGUGACUUCGGCCCGGGAGCACCUUUACGACCUGAGGAGUCUGGAGAAUUACGCGCACGUAGACGAUCUGGGUAAAGAUCAGGGCGUGAACGUGAGGCACAAGGUCCGCGAGUUGAUAGACUUUAUACAAGACGACGACAAACUGAGGGAAGAGAGGAAGAAGGCGAAGAAGAACAAGGACAAAUAUAUCGGCAUGUCGUCGGACGCGGCCGUGAUGGGAGGCCGGGGCUCCGCGGGCGCCGGCUGGGGCGACUACAGCGACCGCGCCGCCUGGGAUGAGCCGAAAGAGAGAAGAGAUAGAGACGAGGAAGACGAUUACGAGCGGGAAGACUCUGACGGAGACUACGGCCCCAGGAAACCGCAGAAGAAUUUCAAAUCGGUGUCGGACGCUCGCGAGAACGUGUACCGCGACUCGGAGGCGGCGCCCGGCAGCCCGCGGACCACACGGCAGCCCCGCGCCCGCUCGCCGGAGACCAGCAAGACGCUGAACAUCAAUCUGAAGACCCCGGCCAAGGGGAAGCCCAGCACUCCUGUUAAGAAGAUCGAUUUGGGCGCGGCCGCGUCGUACGGUAAAUCGGCCGGCCAGCCCGCGGCUGCGCCCGCGCCGUCGCUGCUGGACGACGUGUUCAAGACGUGCGCGCCGCCCGCCGCCGAGGACGACUUCGAUCCCAGAGCCGAAGAACAGAUAUCUACAACGAGGGAGCUGAACGAGUUCGGUGAUUUCACGAACGCAUUCGGCGCGCCCGCCUCGACCGACAACGAUGGGUUUGCGGACUUCAGCAGCGCGUUCACCGCCGCCGACGUGAUGGCGGCCGGUAAUGCUCCAGCUCCAGCCCUGGCGUCGAACCUGGACCUCCUGAGCGACUUGUCUCCGGCCGCCUUGGACGCCGCGCCGCACGGGUUCCCGCUGGAAGCGCUGACGACACAGUUCGCCACCACCAGCCUGCAGCCCACACUCCAACCCACAGGACUACAGCCAACGCCCGUGAACAACCUCCUCCAACCGAUGCCAACAACACAACAACAACAACAACAGACAACAACGACAAACAACACGAAAACGACAAAAGUCGGCGCCACGUGGGCGGACAGUAAUAUAAAAAUUGAUGUUGAUAAUCUAUUAGCACCACGAUCGCCCAAAGCCGGGCCAGCGCCUUCCAUAAACCAGUUAAAGUCCAGUCCAAAUAGCCCAGCACACAAGCCCAACCCCGGCAUGACGAUGGGCUUCCAAUACAUGCAACCGAUGAACAAUAAUUUCGCGCCGAGCAUGCAGACUGGCAUGAACAACAAUAACGUUCAAAGACCGCCGUUCGCGAACCACAAUUUCCUACAAUGAUAUUGGUUACUGGCAGAUGUAUGCCAGAACGGUUAAGAUAUCUUUUUUUUUUGUUUUUUUUUUUUUGAAGCACUGGAAUUGCUGAAUACAGUAUUUUUUUUGUCUGAUACAAUAUAAUGUAUGAUCUGUGUUUGAUGCGUUGAGUAUAUUCGCGUCGGCAAACGAAAAUAGUUUUUUUUUUUUUUAUAGGUGCAUUAAAAACUUUUUUCUUGAUUUUUUUUUUCUGUAAUUUAUGUCUAUAUCUCUGAUUUUAUUCUCAUAAAAACCGCUUUGACCACUUAUAAUUUUUCCUCAAUUUCAGUGCAUCGAUUAUUUUUUUUUACUUUUAAUCGAUUAAACAUGUAGAAAAUGUACGCGAAUUUUAUACGAUUUAGAUAAAGACCUCCGCGUGUCAAAUAAAACCGGGCCCGACGCAUAUCACACGGUAUAUAUAUAAACAUUUUAUUUAAAAAUGUAAAGAAAAUGGACUUUACUGCUGAAUGACAUUACAAAUUGUUGAAUUAUUCGUAUAAUCCUUGUUCUAACUUCGGUUAACUUGAAAAAGCGUAAGAUGAAUGAAAUAUUAUUGUUGCUUAUUUGAAAUUCUUACCUGAUAACUAUAUUUCCUGACAAGAUAAAAUUGCGUGGAUAAAAUUUUAUAAAACAUUUUUGAAAAAUGAUGUAUAAUAAAGUAAUUUAGUUAUUAAACUAUAAUUAUAAAACGGUUUUGAACAUUCCUUUCCUUAUAAUAAACGUUUUUAAGUUGCCAUUUUUAUCCUACGUUUUUUUUUCUGACAACACAUUACAGUAUCGAAAAAAAUACACUCAAAGAAGUGAUCUCCUAAUUUUUCUAAUAGUUAGUUAUACCUUAUUACUUGCAAUAUUGCAAAUUACUUUAAAAAUAUAAAUUUAUGGUUCACAAAUUGUCUUUUUCAUUGUGAAAAAGUGUGACAUUCUAUUUUGGAACUUUUAAAUAAUAAAAGUUUCAUUAUGACACUGAAGAAAUUUGAAUUGCAUAAUCAUUCAAGAUUUGCGAAAUUAAUUAUACUUAACACGGUUGAACCGAAUAAUCGAUAUAAAUAAAAUGUUAUAUUGUAUGUACUAGGUAUAAGCCCGAGUUCGCCAUUGUUUCUUUUUAAUCGAUUUUGUACUCGAUUUUGUAAUUGUAACACAAAUCGAAUACUGUACUAAUUCUUGCAUGUCCCAAUAGUAAUUCUUCUUUAUUUUCCCUGUACGUCCCAAAUAGUUAAAUUUGUAAUAAUAUCUACCUAUAUAAGUUUAGUCUAAAAAUAAAAUAAAGCGUGUGACGGAACGCAUUUCGUGACGUAUGUACCUUCGAGGUAAGUGUAGUCCCGUUUCGAUGUUGAAAUUAAUGUUAAACUAUAGGAUAUUUUUAUACCCGCUUCGUUCGAUUAGUAUAUAUCAGUAGUGGUGUCAAAAUUAGACUUAAAUCGUUGUUGUAGUAUUUACUUAAUACUGUAGAAACACACUUGACACAAAGAUUGUAUGUUACACAAAUGGUUUGACGGCGAAGAGGCGAUUCUGAAUUUAGAAUAAGCAAUUCUAAAAUGGAUUCGUCUUUAUUUUUCUUUUCUGCAAAAUAUACACCUGCGUGUGAGAGAAUAUCUGAAAAUGAGAUUAUUUAAUUAGUAAUAUAAUGUUUAUAUUAAAAUAAAAUACUUAAAUGCUGUAAAUAAAAAGCAUGCUUUAUAAAUAUGCACUGGCAACAUUGAUUUAUUUUCAAUGCCUAAAGUCUUACAUGAGAGACGUUAUUUAAAAUAGCAAUCUAUUGACAAGUGUGUUUUUACUUGUACAUUUUAAGCAAAUGAGGUUUUCUAUAAUUUCUUCCACCAGACUGCGCUGUAAUUGACGGCCUCUGUGGCGCAGCGGUAGUGCGCUUGUCUGUGUCACCGGAGGUCCCGGGUUCGAUUCCCAGCCAGGGCAUGAUGAGAAACGAACUUUUUCUGAUUGGCCUGGGUCUUGGAUAUUUAUCUAUAUAAGUAUUUAUUAUAAAAUAUAGUUUAUAUCAUUAUAUAUCAUUGAGUUAGUAUCUCGUAACACAAGUCUCGAACUUACUUCGAGGCUAACUCAAUCUGUGUAAUUUGUCCCGUAUAUAUUUAUUUAUUUAUUUAUUUAUUUGUAAUAUGGUAUAUAGCUUUCAUAUUACGAUGAAAAAUAAUGAAAAGUGUUAUAUCUUUGAUCAGUUACAACACAGCAUUUGAGUUAAUGCUUUAGUGCUGACAUCUGGCGGGAGACAUUUCAUAAAACCCACAUUGUAACGAUAGGUACAAUAAAUUACUAUUGGUAAUCUUGAACACACAAAAGAUAAAGGUUUCGCAGUCACUUUAAACGGGGUAUAUUUAAUAUAUAUUUAUUCGCAUCUUUUUAAAUAUAGAGAUGAAUUUUUUGAAAUAACAUUAUGAUAUUGGUUUUUCUUAAAUUGUAAAAAUAUAUUUGGCGUGAAAGUCGAUCAAUUUUAUUUCAUGUUUUUAAAACUUUUAAUAUGUAUGUAAUUAAAUUUAAAAUCAAUGCCUCAACCAAUAGAUAUGCUAUAAUUAAAAUGAUGCUGAUAAAUUUAAUGUCACCUUGUUAUAUAUUAUGGUACUUAAUUCUUAUUUAUUGUAUUUUUGUUAAAAUCAAAAUGGCGGAUUAUGUAAAGUAUAUGUACCUUAGCAAUUAUAUUUAGUUAACAAAAAUUUAUUACAAACGAAACUUGUAUUUUAAAAAUGUAUAUUUAUCAUUUCAUAGUUGAUAGUCGGAUUUAUGUAAAAAAGAACAAUAUUUGGUUAUGAUAUGGAUUAAUUUUACGAGUAGUUUACCUACAAAGCAUUUUAAGAUGUCGAUAAUUGUCGAUUAUUUUUAAGCUUGACCAAAAAUAUAGCAUGCGCAUACAGCGCUAUAUUGCGGAUUAAAAAGUUAAUUGAAAAUUUGAGCUGGCAAUAAUUACUCGAAAAAUAAAGUAAGCAUAACCCAACGCUGUUAGAUAUCUCCUUCCAUAAUUAUACAUAUUUUAAAACAGGUCGGUUUGUAUAAACCGACCUGUUAAAAUAUUUUAUAAUAUUCCAUUGGAAAUUCCAUUGAAAUGGAUGUUGUUAAAGAAAAUGCUGCAGUGCAGUUUGUUACCGCUUAUUCUGGACCAACGCUCUUUGGAAGCGGCACUAAUAUAAGCUUUGAGUAAUUUAUUCUACGUCAACCAAUGUUGUACCUAAUAUCAAAAUAUGUGACAGUUAUUUACUAUGUGACGUUCAAAAAUUAAUAAUUUUUUUAAAUUUGAUUUUUCUUGAAUUGAUUGACACGCAUUUAACGUGAUAGUGAAUAAAGUUAUUACCGCUAUAGUUCUGGUCAAGUUUUAACUUCGGAUGCAUUUAGAUCAUUCCAUAGCGUUGUGGUGGAGGCAGCUAUUUUUUUGUUUUAACGUGCAUUGAUAUAACGUUUAAAAUAAUGUAUUUUUUUAUUUAAGUACUACUUGAUGGAGAAAAAUUUGCUGAUCAACAGUAGAUUUUCAAAUACUUAAAAACACAAUGAAAUGUCAGGUACGAGCUAAUAAGGCUACGGAGGUCAUAAUACGGUUAUUUGACUUUAUUUUUUGGAUCAAGGUCACAAGCCAAUUUGAGUCCUUACCGAUAGGACGAUAAUUAUCAUUAUAGUCAACACCGCUAGAUUCAUUUUAUACGUGUUUUAUUAGUAAUUACUUAAAUUACAUUUAUAUCCCUUACGGAGUAGACAAGUUUGGGUACACAAACUUGGGAUUCUUUUUUAGGCGAUGGGCUAGCAACCUGUCACUAUUUUAAUCUCAAUUCUAUCAUUAAGCCAAAUAGCUGAACGUGACCAUUCAGUCUUUUCAAGACUGUUGGCUCUGUCUACCCCGCAAAGGAUAUAGACGUGACCAUAUGUAUGUAUGUACGUACGGAGUAGACAGAGCCAUUCUCUAAAAGUGUCCAUUUUUAGCUAGGUUUUAUUUACUAACAACACUGUCAAUCUUAAGAUAGUUUUUCGAGAAAAUUGCGAAUUAUGCUCAAUUGUUCUUUAAAUUCCUUUCAAUAUAUCGAAGCACGUUGAAUAUACCAACUUCGACUAUCAAUAAUUGUAUAAACUUAUUAUAAUAUAUAAUAUAAUUUUGUAGCACACAACCCGAUCGGAAGGGGGUUAGAAACGAUGUUUGGGACCAAAUUAUUGAGAAUGAAAGUUAUUUUGUCGCGACAGCAAUUCCGGUCGUGUCGUGUUUAGAGUGCUUCUGUAAUGUUGGUGCAUUGUUUUUUGUAUGUAAUUUGUAUAUUGUAAUGACGCGUGGAUUCAAGUUUGUCAAUAUGACAAGUCUUUUGAGGUCAAAUUUUAGUUGAAAAAAAAAAUCUUAAUAAUUCUUUUCACGAAAGUAUUUGAAAUUAUCGAUAAAACAGCCUUUCCCAAAUUUAGAGCAUCGGCCAAAUAUGUUACAAUCACUAGAUGAUAUAAAAAUUUUUGUAUCGCGAUAAAUUUGCGAUUGCAAAAUGAAAAAAGUUUCAUAUAUAACAUGUAUUUAUUGGUUUAUCAAACAUACAGGGGGCGUGGUACGAGUAAAUGACAUGCUCGUAGUUAUAAUUCGCAGUCCCAUUUCAAUGAGCAAUGCGAUUUACCAGAUAUCCUGUAUAUUUUAUCUAGGCCUCAAAUAUUUUCUCAUCUAGAAAAAAAAACGUCUACUUAAAAAUACAUAAUCAUGUAUAUGGUAAAAACUUGAAUCCAUGAUGUCACAGUACUAGCGUACCUGUAUAUAAAUUAAAAAUUAUUAUUUAAUUUUUAAAUGUUCUUCCAUUAAUUUCGAUUUAUGGAGGCGGAAGCAAUAAUAAUUUUUUAAAUUUAUUUGUAGUCUAUCUAUAAAGAUGAUUUUAUUAGUUUAGUUCUUAUAAAUGUAUAUUUCAUUGUUGUACGUCAUUGAUUUAUAGCCGCACAAGUAAUAUUUUAUUUUCAUGGAGCAUCCGUUAUAUGAAACAUAUUGACUCGGGAUGGUUAAAGCCUUUGCCGACCAUUCCGAAGGCUUUUUCAAUCAUAUCAAUACAAAUCGUAAAAUUGUAUGAAAAUUAACAGAAUAAGUGUAAUCACCUAAUAAAUUCGUAUCGCGAUGAAUGUAUUUCACUGUACCGACAGCAAAUUAAGUUAUCUGAAUGAGUAAGCUAACAUCGCAUAACAUAAUUUGAUAUGCUGUCUGUAUUACUGAGUAGAUACCACCAAUACAAUUAUAUAUCUGAUGUUACUCUUCGGAUAGAAUUAAGAUCGACGAUGAAUUAUGAAUAAACUUAAUUAUUAUUAA